AUGGUGUUCCGCUGGCCGUACCCCGUCUGCCAUGACCGCAUCCGCUUUCCCGACCCCCACCUCUGUCCCGGGGAGGCUGGCUUCCGCCGCCUCAUCAUGGAUCCACGCAAGAUUUCAGCACUGGGACUGCACGAGGCGGAGUCAGCAUCGCGGGUGAGGGGGGUGCACGUGAGGAGCACAAAGGCCAACUUCAACCACCUGCAGGACGCUGUCAUGGACCCCACCUCGUGGUGCGAGCACACGCUGCUCAAGAACGAGGACGCUGUCAUGGACCCCACCUCGUGGUGCGAGCACACGCUGCUCAAGACCGAGGUGCCAGAGUUCUAUGUGCGAGACGUCUAUCUGCGGGAGGCAGCCCAGUCGGUGCGGGCGGGGCGAGUCUGCGACUUUCUGAGGGGCGGUGUGGAACGCUGCUAA